AUGGACCCCCUGAGUGUUACUGCAAGCGUGAUUGCGGUUAUCCAAAUCACGAGUGUGGUCAGCACACAAUGCAUGCAGUACGUAAAAUCUGCAAAGAAUACAAAAAGCCGCAUCCUAAGGCUGGUCCAAGAACUGGGCGGACUGCAAAUAGUACUUGGUACUCUGGAGGAUCUAGCGAAGCGCAGCAGUCAUGCGCUUCAGGACCAGGGGAACGAUCCGGAUGAGGAGUCUUAUCUACUACCAACUAUUCACAGGUUGUGUCAGUUGGAACACGUUUUUGAAGAAUGCCUUCGAAAAUUGAAGCAGUUAGAGCGGGAUAUCACGCCCACCAGCCAGGCCAAUUUGACCAAAAAGGAGUCCUUCUUUCGGGCACUGCAAUGGCCACUCAAGGAGGCAUAUAUGAGAAACAUUAUGGAUGAUAUAAAUCAUUAUAUUUCUCUUUUUAGUUUGGCAUUGACCUUGGACACAACUGAUAAUAUACUAGCUAUCCAUGAAAAGACGUUCGAGACUCAUUAUAUGGUGAAAUACCUUCAAUCACAGAAAGAAGAAGAGACUCGUCGCGAACAUGGAGAGAAAAUCAUCAAAUGGCUCUCUGCACCAGACACUUCAGUUGAUCAUACACAUGCCCUGCAGAUGAAGACGCAAAAUACAGGAUCUUGGUUAACUGGCGACCAUCAAUAUCAGGAAUGGAAGCAAAUCGCGGGCUCAUCGUUUUGGUUGUAUGGAAUUGCCGGUUCUGGGAAGACCGUCUUAUCUUCAACGGUCAUCGAGGACCUUAUAAGUCAUGGUAGACAAGAUUUGAGCACUGCUAUAGCUUAUUUCUAUUUCAAGGCCGACGACAAUGACAAAAGUUCGUCUCCGGGAAUGUUACGGUCUGUACUGAAACAAUUAUUUGACCGUGGCAAGCGCACAUCAACUGCCUUUGACCAGGUGAUAGGCAACGGAGACCAGCAACCGUCACCGGAACAACUUCUUUUUACUUUGAAAGACAUUGUUUCCGAGUUUCGUGACGUAUAUAUUGUUCUUGAUGCCCUAGAUGAAUGCCACGAUUUGCAGCACCUCUUUGAUGUCUUCGAAGAGUUCGAAAAAUGGACAGAAGCCCAUAUACACCUGCUCUUCACUAGCCGCGAAUUGAAGGAUAUAAAAGAGUUUGUCGAAGGCCUGACUACGGAAAAAUUCAUGAUUAAACUCUCCGCCGCGAUUGUCAAAGAAGAUAUUCGAAUGUAUAUUCGAGACCGGCUGCGUACGGACAGGAACCUAAAAAGGUGGCGCAACCACCCCAAGGUGCAAGAAGAGAUUGAACAGUCCUUAAUAGAGAAAUCUGACGGAAUGUUUCAAUGGGUUAGGUACCAGCUUAUAUCACUGGUUAGAUGCCGCAACCCUCGCGAGUUACGACAAGCCCUUGAAACCAUGCCCAAGGGCCUGAACGAUACAUAUGCUCAGAUCCUGAGCAGAAUCUCUGAUGAUGACUAUGAUGUUGCUUUAAGAAUACUUAGCUGGCUGCUGUUCAGUGUUCGGCCAUUAUCCAUCGAAGAAUUGGCGGAAUUAGCUGCGUUGGAUCUCAAUGCAGAAUCAUUUAAUGAUAUCGAGCGACUUUGGGAUCCGGCAGAAGUUUUGAAUAUAUGUCCCAAUCUUCUAACCACAAUUGAGGAGUACGAUGAUGAACAUGGUGGAGAACCAAGAAUAUUGGUUAGACUCGCACACAUAUCCAUCCGCGAAUACCUUUUGUCAACCGACAUUUUGAGUGGCCAUGCAGCUCGAUAUCAAAUUAAGGAACCUUAUGCACAUGGGUUGAUCACAGACUGCUGUCUUAUGUACAUGCGUUUGAUCAAAGAUGCAGUUUCGGUAGCUGCUGAGAGCCUCCCAUUAGCUAUAUAUGCAGUGGAAUAUUGGCUUCUUCAUUAUGAGAAAGUACCGGAGACGAUAGCUGAGACCCAUCAAUUAGCUUUCGGCUUUUUUUCAAACAGAAAAGAGGUAUACUCCAGAUGGAUUACACAUAUUUUAACUAUGCCUAUAUCCAAGUUUCCAAUUAUCCAUCAUGAUCUUAUCGGGCCUGGCCCAAUCCUGCCAUCGCCCUUGGAGGUCGUUUGCCAUAAUUCGCUUUUGAUAGUUCUUAAGCUGAUGCUCGAGAACGAUGAAGUUGAAAUCAAGAAAGAGGAUGUCUUGAAAAAGGCACUACGCGCUACGUAUCUGCCAACGCUCCUUCCUAGGGACAAGGCUGGGACUACACGAUUGCUACUACAAUACGGCGCCGAUUUCAACGGAGACGGGAAGUUUGCUACAGUUCUGAAUGCUGCUAGCUAUUUCGGUCUGGAUGAUUUUGUCCAAAAUGAGCUAGAUCGAGGUUCUGAUGUGAACGCUAAAGGUGGCUACUAUGUGACUGCAUUGCAAGCUGCAAUUGCCGGAAGACACGACCGUCACGUUUUUGAGAUGUUGCGCCAUUUUUGGCCCACUCGUGUGUCUCGCCCAGGAUAUAUUCUUGAGCAGGAAGAGCCUACAACAAUACAAAUUCUUCUUAAACACGGUGCCGACCCCGAUAUUUGUGGUGGUGACGUUGGGUCGAGUUUACUAGCAUCAUGCCUCAGUGGGGAUAUUCCAUGCGUAAAACUCCUCCUCGCUCAUGGAGCAGACCCUAAUUAUGGAAUCGAGACGCUAGACGUCUGGAAGAGGAGCUGCCUUGCCGCUGCAUGCAAGUCUGCGGAUAUCCGUAUCGUCCGGCUUCUCAUGGACAAGGGAGCUCGUGCCGAUAGCCCGAUGGCAUUGGACAUUGAUAUCGUGCGCUUCCUCCUGGAGAACGGUGCCAACCCAAACAACUCAGACAGGUAUCAAGACGAGACACCGUUACAGCUGGCUUGUGUCAACGAGCAACCCGCAAUUGUGGAGUUACUACUUAAAUACGCUGCAGAUUUUAGGGUUGGUGGCGGCCGUUUUGGAUUCCCUUUACAACUUACAUCUGCAACGUUUGGAUCUAUUGAGACGCUGAAGGUCCUGAUUGCCAAAGGUGCGGAUGUAAAUCAAAGAGGCGGUGCGUUUGGGACUUCAUUGCAUGCUGCUGCGCAGUUUGGGGAUGUUGAGAUGGUAGAGUAUCUCAUCUCGCAGGGUGCAGACAUAUAUGCCGAAGGCGUGAUGUACAAAUCAGUACUGCGCCACGCGCUUAACUACGCAUAUACUGAUAUAUUUGUCCUACUACUGAAAGAGGGUGCGGAUAUGGAGACUCCAGGUGGACGAUAUGGAGAAACUUUACGACAGAUGUUAGCUGCGGCGCCGGCAGACAGGACUGAGUUAUGGUUCAAAACAUUUGAAACCUUAGAUUACCUGUGUGCUAUUGUGAGGAAAGGAGAAACGUGGCAAGAUUUCGAGAACAUCGUUGUUGAGGAUAGGGGAGGACAAUCUGGCAUCUUUAUGCAGUCUGGAGCUGGUGGAUCUAUCCCCCGUCCCCCUCGCUCUUGCAUUGCCUGCGGUCUUCCACAAGGAUCCCCAGUAUCUGGCGUCCUUUUCAUGCUCUACAUAGCGCCUCUAUUCCGUCUAGGAAACCCAAGGAACAGAUUUGGUUACGCGGAUGACGCAGCUAAUCUAGCGAUCUCGACAUCUCUUGCUACUAACUGCGUAGCCUUAUCAAACUUGCUUCAAGAAGCUCUUAACUGGGGAGCUGCAGAGGGCAUCACAUUUGCACCAGAUAAAUACGAGCUUCUUCACUUCUCCCGAUAUAAAGCAGACCAGGACCCAACCCGCACACCUUCAGUGAAAGAUGGAUCUAUUAUAAUAUCAGAAAAUACUAAACGGCUAUAUCUACGAUGGCUAGGAAUCCUCUUUGACAAAAAGCUAACAUUUAAAUGGCAUGUUGGAGAAGCAGCAUCUAAAGCCCUCACUGUGGCUAAUGCCCUUCGCUCUCUAGGGAAUACUGUCCGAGGAGUUAAACCUCAUCUACUACAGCAGGCUGUAUCAGCCUGUGUACUCCAUAAAGCAUACUAUGGCGCUGAAACCUGGUGGCCAGGACGUACUCACCCUGGGCCUUCCCAGACUUCAAACUGA